AUGUCUGUAUUCUUGAACGGGUUCAACAACAACAGUGGCCAGGAGGUCUCCCGCGAGAAACUGUCCCUGGCAGAGGUGCAGUUCGACGCGAUGAACACCACAUUCAACAACAUCCUCGACACGUGCCUCCAGAAAUGCAUCUCCACGGAGGGCUACAGCGAGGGAGACCUCACGAAGGGGGAGAUGUGUUGCAUCGACCGCUGCGUCGCCAAGAUGCACUACGCGAACCGGCUCAUCGGCGCGUACGUCCAGACGAAGGGCUGGUCACCAGCGACGGCGGGGCUGCCCUCGUCGCUUCCGACGAGCCUGGCGGACCACCCCUCCGACCGGCGCUAG